AUGGCGGACCAGAAGCUGGUGGUGGUGUUCGGAGCCACAGGUGAGCCAAACCCCAAAGGGUCACGGGUGCCGCCCCCGGACCAGGGCUCCCCUCCCCCGCGCGGUGGGGGCGAGGUGCCCAGGGGGGCUGGCUCAGUGGCCCGCGCGCUCCUGGAGGACGGGACAUUCAGGGUUCGCGCAGUGACUCGGAACCCUGGACAGAGGGCCGCGAAGGAGCUGCAGCUGCGGGGCGCAGAGGUAGUGCGGGGUGACCAGGAUGAUGAGGCCAGCAUGGAGCGGGCCCUGGCCGGGGCGCACGCCACCUUCGUCGUGACUAACUACUGGGAGAACUGCAGCCAGGAGCAGGAGGUCAAGCAGGGGAAGCUGCUGGCCAAUGUGGCCAAGCGCCUGGGCCUGAGCUACGUGGUCUACAGUGGCCUGGAGAACAUCAAGAAGCUGACGGCCGGGAGGCUGGCCGCGGGCCACUUCGACGGCAAAGGGGAGGUGGAGGAGUACUUCUGGGAGCUGGGCGUCCCCAUGACCAGCGUGCGCCUACCCUGCUAUUUUGAGAACCUCCUCUCCUACUUCCUGCCCCAGAAAGCCCCGGACGGGAAGGGCUACUUGCUGAGCCUGCCCAUGGGCGACGUGCCCAUGGAUGGCAUGUCCGUGGCCGACCUGGGUCCCGCGGUGCUCAGCCUGCUGAAGACGCCGGAAGCACACGUCGGCCGCAGCCUGGGGCUCAGCACCUGCCGGCACACAGCGGGGGAGUAUGCCCAGCUGCUCUCCAAGCACACGGGCCGGGCCGUGCAGGACGCCAAGGUGACCCCUGAGGACUACGAGAAGCUGGGCUUCCCCGGCGCGCGGGACCUCGCCAACAUGUUCCGCUUCUACGCCCUGCGACCCGACAGGGAUGUGGAGCUGACCCUGCAGCUCAACCCCAAGGCCCGGACGCUGGGGCAGUGGCUGGAGCAGCACAAAGGCGACUUUGCCUGGCCGUGACCCUCCCUGCCCCCUCAGGCUGGCCCCCGGCUGGGGCGGUGCCCCCCCCAUCCUUUCUUGUGUUACAAUUUUAUUUUUCAAUA